GGAGGAAGCGAAUUGUGCUUGUAAAAUCCGCAUUCCGCCCUUUUCUGUCGCGGCCACAAGAUCGGUUUAUCUUAUGUAAUUCAUCGCGAGUGCACCGCCGAACCCUUCGCGUCGUGCGUGCGCGUGUGCGUGCGUGUGUCGCGAGCGAUGCCGUGGCCAUUUUCGCGUUUCGCCCGUUUCGUAAUCGUUUUAUCAGCUCCAUACUUGAAUUCAACAAGUAAUGCAGGUCGCCACGCCGCCCGUCGCGGGGAGAGGGGGGCCGCGUGCUGCCGAUUUUGCACCGCGAACCACCGCGAGGCGAACGAGGGUCCGGGAGGAUUCGAGCGAUCGAGGACGUGGAGAAUCAACGGAUGACCACAGAGAGAAGACUCUAUACAACAUGCCACCAGAUAGGCCAGAUGCAUCGGGUAUCGAAACUAAUAUAGAACUGAACUCGUCUCAGGAUUAUAAUUUCGGGGAAACCGCCUACGCGAUGAACGACAAGGAAAAGGAGAAUGCCAGUGUACUGGCAGACUCAAAUUCGACCAACGAAUGUCAGAGCGAAAUUCCUAGAUGGGAAAAGUCCAUGGAGAAGAACAAUCAAUCAGACGACGAGCUGACGUCUCUCAGUUGGCUACAUCAGCAGAAUUUACUUAAGGGUUUGGAUAUUUCAAACCCCUCCAAAGACAUAAAGCACGAGAACAUGAACAUGCUGAACAAUAAUAUCUGCGACGACAUAACAGACUUUUCCGAAAACACAAAUUCUGUAUCGAGUUUGGAUGAUAGUUUUUGUCCAGAGAACAAUGGAAAAGCAAGUGUUACACUGAACGGAAACGGACAAAGCUAUCAGCAUCCCACCAAGAAUUGUCAAAAGCCCACGCAAAUAUUUCAGGAAUCUGCAAAAAGUCAUUGCAAUAUUUCGCCAAGUAAUCAAACGAAGAUUUCUUUGAGCAACAAUAAUUUGCCAAUGUCUAAUCGCAACAAACAUCCUACCCACAUACCAUAUGAUCCUCAUUUACACAGAAAUAGCAAACCACCAUAUUCAUUCUCCUGCCUCAUAUUUAUGGCUAUCGAAGAUAGUCCCGGAAAGGCGUUACCUGUGAAGGAGGUUUACGCGUGGAUUCUGGAACACUUUCCAUAUUUUAGGAAUGCUCCUACUGGAUGGAAAAACUCUGUCAGGCAUAAUUUGAGCCUCAACAAGUGCUUUCGGAAAGUGGAGAAGGCUCCAAAUUUAGGAAAGGGAUCAUUGUGGAUGGUGGAUGCACAAUACCGCCCAAAUCUGAUUCAAGCGUUGUCUCGCGCUCCUUUUCCUCCCCCUACAACCCAAAAUCUGUCUUCGUCGGAAAAGGUGCCCAGAAAAUGCGUAAAUACACGUCUCCCAGAUCCGGUUCUCUUUCCAUACCUAUCCAAAAGACUGGCGUCUAGCAAUAUUAACGAUAGCACAGAAACUGAGAUAGAUAGUGACGUUGAUGCAGCGGCUGCCGCUAUGCUUUCCUUCAAGCAUGGACCCAUCAUUCUAAAUCACAAUAAAGAUCGUAAACGAAAAUUGCCAGAAUCGGAAAAGCUGGUACCUAUAAUUACCAGGAGUUCUAGCGAGGAUCAUACUUACAGCUGUGUAGCCUCAAUAAAAUUGGGAAGCAAACAUCCGAAUGAGGAAGAACUAAAUCCAGAUUUUGAUGAACAAAGGAAGAUCGCGGAAGGUGCGGAUGCGCUUUUGAAUUUAGCUGGUGUUAGCACGACGCUGAAUCACAGUAGAACACAUCACGUGACACAAGGUAUUAAUACAGCAUCGAAAUCAGAAGUUAUUACAAAACCAAAAAAACGUUCUACCACGAGUGAUUACUCAAGCACGUCUGAGAAAAGGCGCAAGAGAUGGCGAGACUGGGGUGAGGAAAAUCGAUACCUAAAACAAAUUAGGGGUUAACACAUUGACAUAUUUUGUUACAUUACAAAGGUGUACAUUGUCGAGAGCUUUCCGCUUGUGCUGAAUCGCGGAAGCGUUUAAAUGUUGAAAAUUUUGUCAUCUCUAGUAACAGGAAAAGAGAUACUUUUGUUUUAUAGUAUUGUAAAUUUCUUAUUCACAUUUAAAAGCGUAUAGAGUCAACUUUUAUGGAAAUUUCUCUUGGUUUUUAGUCAUAAUACACACGAAAACGCGCAUGUAAAAUUCUUCCGUAACUUCUAGUUAUACUAAUAAAAAAAGAGGGUUGUUGGAUGCAUUUCGAAUUGAUUGGUGUGGUUGCUCAGGGUUUACAACAUGCUAUAUGCCAAAAUACAUUCGGUAGCACUAAACAACAAGCAAUAAUAGAGAUGUAGUGUUAAAGAGAUACUUUUUAAACACGUUGAAACAUGAAUACAAUUAAAUAGUACGUGGAAAUAUAUAUAUAUCGAUAAAGAAAUUAUUAUUACAUACAUGAAGUAAGUAAUAAUCAUUUUAGAACUGUUGUGAGACAAUUAUAUUAAGUCAUAGAGAGUUUAAUUAAUAAUAAAGUUCUAUAUCAGUUUUUUUCUUCUUUUUUUUUGUAGAUAUGUAUAGAGGCAUAAUCAACAUCUGCUGUCAUGAAGCCUGUCCCAACAGUAACGAGACCUAUUGUUUUCAAACGUAACGUGGCGAUCUUUGAUGUCGAAUCAACGCCCGAUUUGAAGCCCAGUGUUACCAUAAUUUUAUUUCGUGGGAUUCUAGUCUCGUUAUUCUUGAGACAGGCCGCGUGUAUUUAGAUAGAAAGAGAGACAGAGAUCGAUAACAAUAUAUUUAAAACGAUUACACACAUACAUAUGUUUAUGUAUAUGUGUAUAUAUGUAUAUAAAAUGUAUGUAUACGUGCAUGUAUAUGCAGAUGUACACAUUGCACGCAUCAAACUCGUCAUACUCGUUCAUGUGUGUAUACAGUCAAACUCCUAAAUUUUCUCGAUUCGAGAUGAAAUAAUCUUUCUGUUCUUCAUUUUGUAUAUUUGAAUACGAAGUAUAGUAUGCAAAAUGAAAAUGUCAUUGUGUAUGCAUCAUGUUCAUGCAUGCAUCAUUCACAUAUUUCAUGUAUGUGAUAAAAUAAAAAAUGUAAAAUAAUGGAAGAGAAGAGGUAUAUGUAUAGUAUAUAUGGAACAGUGUUGUCUAAGUUGAGAAAUUUUCUCCAAAAUUUGAGUUUUGUUAUUACGAGAUUUAUUGGAAUUUUUUAAAAGGGUCAAAAAGUUUAGAGGAAAAGAAUCAAAAAGUUUAGAGAAUUUUUAAGGAUGAAAGAUAGCAUUUAUAAUAUUUUUUAGAAUUGCAUUAAUUUAAAAUACAUCAAUUUUUUACUUAUAUUUAUUAUAAAUUUUUAUUAUAAAAUAUAUGUUUAUAACCUGACAACACUAGUAGGUUGAAAAUUCAUUAAGAAUUGAUUAAGAAUAAGGGAGUUUGAUUGUAUAAAUAUAUAUUCAAGAUGUUCUCAAAUUCGCGAUUACAAAGUUUAUGAAAAACUAAAUUAUAAAAAUUCACGUUUUAUCUUUUUUUUAAAUUUCAAGCAAUAGUUUGUAUUAGCCACAUUUGAACAAUCUGUCUGUCAAAUUAUUCAAAAAUGAAAGUGUAAAUUUGUGAACACCAUACAAUUUGUUCAAUUGUACAUUGUUUUUACCAUAUCACAAAUUCUCGUAAUUAGAAAAAAAUUAUUAGUUGCAAUUGAAAAGUGUUUUCAUGAUUUGAUUUUUCACAGACUUUCGAUUAUAGCGCUUUCAUACGCGAAAUUGAAAGCAUUCUGCAUGUGUAAACACAACCGUGUGCAUCGUUGCACAUGUACAACAGAUGUGCCACAAACGUAUUAUUAAAAAAAUAUUUAAAAAAUAAUAAAAAAGGUAUUCAGAUACAUUCGACGUAGUUUCGAAACGAAGAACUAAAAUUAUCGUUUCACAUCUUUUUCUACUCUCUUCGUGGCUUUCAAGAUGAUUUUAAACAGUGUUGUACAUAUGUAGACCUUCUAAUGUAUUCACAGACCAGUUUUUUGUAUUCAGUUGAAAACUGAAUAUAUAGUGAUCGUACUGAGAUGUCAAUAUCGAUCGGAGAGAUGAAAAAUAACGCUACAUGGAAAGACAACUUAUUUUUAUAAGAAAAAUCGUUAACACUAAGGAGAGAGAGAGAGAGAGAGGGGGGGGAUUGAUGAUACUUUGUAAUUGUAAGAUAUGUACGUAUACUACAAAGCAUGCGAGAGAAAUAUUGUGCAAACUGGUCUUGUAUACAUUAACAUGUAGUCCAAUAUAGAGAGAACAUAUAUUUUUACAGGGCGCUGCCCGCGUGAUAAAGGUUCUUCCUAAUAAUUCGCUGGUACGCAAUUUAUUAGCUUAAAUAUCACUCUACAAAGUAUAAAUAUUAGUAAACUCGGAUGUGAGAGGGACAGACAACACUGUUGUAGCGCAACCUGAUCGACUUUCUACAUAUCAACGUUCACGGCGCUCGUGAAAUUUUCUAUUUGUCAUUUUCAGAAUUCAUCCGGGAUUACUUCGAUAUCCUCUGAUGUAUCAUUCAAAGAGUUCACUAUCCGCACUAUAGAGUGCUAGUUUCAUAGCAUAAUUACGUGCAUUGUAUGUAGGAUUUGAAUAGCGUCUUAAAUUAAUAAUAAUUUCAUAAUAUUUAACUUUUUGAUUUUAUUGUUUUUAUUAAUGUAGCAGAUUAGUCGCUGGAAAGUUGAAAAUGUUGAUUGUUUGAAGUAGGAGAUAAAGAAUAUUGGAAAAUACGAUUUGUGUGAAAUAAAAACAGGAUGCGCUACAUCAAAAUAUUUUAUGUGAUUGUAGCUAGUCAGCUACACCAGAAAAGAAUUCAAUCUAAAGGUGCAAGAAAGAAUGCCAUAUUCAAUAAAUAAUGACUAUCGAUUUUAUUUGACAAGAGAAAAAGGAGUCUCAAUAUAUUAUUUCAAUGAAAUUGAAAAAAAUGACCGAACUAAUUAAUUUCCAAGACUUAUGUGCGUCUUCUAACUUCAAAUUAUUCUAUGUAUUGAACACUAUGCUCAAUGUUACUCAAUGUAAUUUGUAUGAAAUUUAGCUGCGAGCAAAUUAUCUUUUUAUUGUUUUUAAAUUUUAUUUUACUGUUAUUAUAUCUCUGUGAUAUAUUGCAAGAUGAAUACAAUGUUAUCGUUGUUAUACUUCAUUGUAUCCGAAGUUUUAGAAUUCUAUAUAUUAUGUUGUUUAGCGAGAAAGAGUUAUAUACAUAUAUAUAUAUAUAUACACAUAUAUACAUGUAUACAUAUAUAUGAUUAUAUUAUUAACUGGCAUUCUUACUCACACCUUGAAUACUCUACUUUGAUAUCGACUUUAAACAAGCUGGCAUCUUCAAAUUGAUAAUCGUAAAUCGGAAAUUUAAUGUUGUAGUUUCAUGAUUUGUUUCAUUCUUUUAGUCUACCUCGCGUUUGCUAUGACUGAACAUCUGUUACUCCACAGAAUAGCUCAUUCUAAAUUAAUCAGCUGUUAGAAAGUGGGAUGCCACAUUCAUCAAUCAUAAUACAGUGUAGCUAAUCGAUAGGUUAAAAGUGUAGAUUAAAUCGAUUAGUCGCAUAAUGUAAAGCAAUACACCAGUAAAUCCUGACAUUGGGGCGAAAUACUCUAGUCAGCCGGUUUCUCGUAAAAGGAAAGUGGGCUUAUGUGCAAUGCAUUAAUCGCAGAGUCGAUACGACGAUGACGAGAUAGACUAUUAUUCUGUAAUUGCAUUACAUUUACAUUGCAGAGGGAAUAAGUAUUAACAUCGCGUAUUUUCUUAACGCCGUAGCGCCGAUCUAUUACACGAUACAAAUUUACAAUUAUUUGUAUAUAAGUUAUAUCAUUUUACGCGGAAAUGUUAUUACAACCGGCUGACAAGCGAAGUCAUCCUAUGACAGACACCAAAAA